GCCUGGUAGCGUCACUUCCGGUUCCGGGGUCGGCUUCCGGCUUGUGGUUCGUAAGCGACGCAGAGAACGCCUCCGGCUGUUUGAACAGCUUAACCAACAACAUGGAUAUCAGACCAAAUCACACAAUUUAUAUCAACAAUAUGAAUGACAAAAUUAAAAAAGAAGAAUUGAAGAGAUCUCUGUAUGCCCUGUUCUCUCAAUUUGGCCACGUCGUAGAUAUUGUGGCUCUAAAGACCAUGAAGAUGAGGGGGCAAGCUUUUGUUAUAUUUAAGGAACUGGGCUCAUCCACAAAUGCCUUGAGACAGUUACAAGGAUUUCCAUUUUAUGGCAAACCAAUGCGAAUCCAGUAUGCAAAAACAGAUUCUGAUAUAAUAUCUAAAAUGCGUGGCACUUUUGCUGACAAAGAAAAGAAAAAAGAAAAGAAAAAAGCCAAAACUGUGGAACAGACUGCAACAACCAUGAACAAAAAACCUGGUCAGGGAACACCAAAUUCAGCUAAUACCCAAGGAAAUGCAGCACCAAAUCCUCAGGUCCCUGAUUACCCUCCAAACUAUAUUUUAUUCCUUAAUAAUUUACCAGAAGAGACUAAUGAGAUGAUGUUAUCCAUGCUGUUUAAUCAGUUCCCUGGUUUCAAGGAAGUACGUUUGGUACCUGGGAGGCAUGACAUUGCUUUUGUUGAAUUUGAAAACGAUGGACAGGCUGGAGCUGCCAGGGAUGCUUUACAGGGAUUUAAGAUCACACCAUCCCAUGCCAUGAAGAUCACCUAUGCCAAGAAAUAAGAUUUGGGAUAGCUGCCUUUAAAGGACUUGGUGUUAUGUAUAGUUUCGUUUUUGAUAACAUUUGGUCAGGCCAUUUUAAUAGUUGGGGGUAGGGGAAAGUGUAUGUGAAAUUUUUGUAAAGGAUUUAAAACAUUACCUAGUCUUUGUUUAGCCUUAGCGAACUAUGAACUGUGAAGGCCUUAAUUUUGUACAAUAAACUUUUAUUUGUAUUCUGUACAUAA